AUGGCACCGAAAAAACGCAGUAGCUCGCCCUCGCUCGACAAAGGCACCUCGAGCGCUCCUUCUUCACCCAAAAAGGGGAGAGCAGCGGCACCUUCAUGGACCGAUGAUCAAGAUCGUCGCUUGCUGCUGGCAUACCUCGCAGCGGACGGCCAGGCGCCCCCUCUAAGCGAAGCCAAAAAAGUCGCCAUGGCAUCUGCCACUCAGAGGAGCGAAGAAGCGGUCAGGCAACGUUGGAAGAAUGUCGUCAUUCCCGCUGUGAAGAAGAUGAUCGAGAAUCUCGAUGAGCAAUCCUUGGAGAAGGCAGAGCAGGGCGAGGCCUGA